CCGUGUGCGUCGAAAAACAUCCGGACCAAUAAUUACAGCCGAGCGGCGUGGCACCGGACAAAAGGUUGUGGUCAAUUUGGUUACUGAUAUCAUAGAAAUUCCGGAAUUGCAUCCAAUAUUUCCGUUUUAUUGGAUCGCGGCCAUAAUGAUUGGAAGUCUGGAGUCCAUUUUGGUAGAUUUGUAUAAAACACGAAUGACACGAACCGGACAGGUUAUGUUGUUGACCGUUAUCCGUACCGGAAGCGGCCGAGUACUUUCGAUACAGCUGUGAUUAGAAAUUAAAUCUUUACAAUGAGAGCGAUCGUGGCCAUCACCUUGCUGGUGGCUUUGGCUGCCUUCGUGGGGGCCAAAAGCCUCAAAGAACCCAACGAGAAGGUCAACCGUCUGCUGAUGCAGCAGCUAUUGGCCAAGCGUAGUGGUGCAAACAGCCGUGUGGCUCCCAAAGCCCCAGUAGUAGCCGACAAGCGAAUCGUGAUCGAGAACUACUUCACAACCCGCCUGGAUCAUUUCAACUCCCAGAACACACAGGAGUUCCAGCUCCGUUACCUGCAGGUGAGUGACUUCUACAGACCCGGUGGUCCGAUCCUGAUCUUCCUAGCUGGCAACACUGCACUCGAGGAUUGGAUGGUUUAUCGAGGUACUCUGAUUUACCAACUGGCCGAGAAAAUGAACGCCUUACUGAUUGGAGUUGAGUCACGGUUUUAUGGAAGCAGCCGACCUACCGAGGACACGACUACCGAGAACCUACGUUUCCUAAACACCGACCAAAUCUUGGCUGACUUUGCCGAGUUUGUGACCUACCUGAGGCAUGAGGUAGUUGAGAAUGAGUACGCCAAGGUCCUGGUGGCUGGUUCGGAGUACGGAGGAUCAUUGGCUACCUGGUUCCGUGUUCGGUAUCCACACUUGGCUGACGUUGCCUGGUCUUCCAGUGGGUGGCAUCAGGCCAACAUGGACUUCCAGGAAUUCACCGAAGCCUGGGGCGAAACGCUGAUCGAGCAUGGAAGUCAGGACUGUUACAACGAAAUUUUCGUAGCCUUCCACGUGAUGCAGAACCUGUUUGACGCCGAACGAUCCGAGGAGGUUUCGGAAAUGUUCAACAUCUGUACCCCGGUUGAUCCCGAGGAUAGGUUGCAGGUCAUGUUCUUCUUCAGCAUCAUGAUGACCUCAAUUGAAAUGUACACCCUCAGAGAUAACCAACUCGGCGACUUCCAUGAGGUCUGUGACGAUCUGCUCGAAGGAGAUUAUCCAACGGCCGUUCACGCCUUUGCCGAUUGGUUCAACACAAAGUUCUUGGAGGAUCGAGGUUGCGUUAUCAGUGAUAUCAACGAGCUAGUCGAACGAUUCAGCCAAACCAACUGGGAUUCGCCCUACACUGAGAUGGGAGUUCGUCAAUGGGGUUACCAGGAAUGCAAUGAAUUCGGUUGGUUCUGGACCACGGAUUCGGACAACCAGCCGUUCGGCAGUCGCGUCUACUUGGAACUCUACUCUGAACUCUGCCGUAUGGUGUACGGCGAUUGGAUUACCUAUGAGUCAAUCUACUACGCCACGAAUCGUGCCAACAAUCGCUUCGGAGGAAACAAUCCUCGCAUUGAGUACGCUCACUUCACCAAUGGUGCUGAGGACCCUUGGCGUAAGAUUAGUGUGACCAAUACCUUGAAUACAAACGCAUUGGCCGACGUAAUCCCAAGAGAGCUGACCAGUGCCGAUAUCUGGGCUACCUCCGAAGAUGAUUCCGCCGAGCUUGCUGAGGUAAAAGAUCGACUUCUUGACCUUCUGUCUUAUUACCUGUACCCAGGAAGACCCCGUGAAGAAGUCAAAUCGGUUGAUGUAGCUGUCAACUAAUCCUUUCCCCCCCGAUAGCAUGCCAUAAUAAAUUAU